UCUUGUAAAAUUUCUAUUUAAAUAAUGAGUAAAAUCACAUUCUUCAGAAGCAAAUCUUGCAUAAUACAAGGGACCGACAUACUAUAUACUAUUAAUAAUCAAUUCAUCAUCGGACCAGACAACUAUUGGUGGGUUGCCGAUAUUCACUUCCACUCUUCUACUACUUGAAAAUUUCCUUAUCUUUGUUAUACUAAUACUAAUUAAAGAACAGAGAAUACCAGGUUGAACUAAGAGAAUGAAGACCGCAAUUUUUGCUGCAGGUUGUUUUUGGGGUGUUCAAGAAGUCUUUCUUAGGAAAUAUGUCCCUACAGCCGCAAUUUUGAAGACUUCUGUAGGCUAUAUUGGAGGUAUUACUGAUAAUCCUACGUAUAAACAAGUUUGUACAAACAGCACCGGCCAUGCGGAAGCCCUCAAGGUUGAUUUCGACGAGAAUUUGACCUCUUAUGAGAAAAUUGUCGAGUUUUUCUUCGCCAUGCAUGAUCCAACAACCGUAGAUAAACAAGGUAAUGACAUUGGAAGUCAGUAUCGCUCUGUCAUAUUUACUACUUCACCUGAACAAGAAAGCAUUGCAAAGAAAGUUCUAAAGGAAGUACAAGAAAAGCACUUUUCCAACAAGAAGAUUGUAACUCAAAUUGUUCCUUCAGGACAAUGGUGGGAUGCGGAAGAAUAUCAUCAACAUUACCUUGACAAAAACCCUGAAGGAUAUCGUUGCAGUUCUCACUUCCUUCGCUGGAAUCCAUUCGCUUAAGAUCAGGUUCAACCUAAUGAACGUAAAUUUCCUGUUAUAUCUAAAGAAAUUAUAGUCAUUGAGAUGAGAAUGAAUUUGUUCGAGAAAUGAAUUGAAAUGAAUUUAAACGGCUAGAAAUUUUGGUUUAACAAAUUACAUUGGGUAGGUUUCAAAUAGACGAGAUUAUUCCUAUCCGUUUCACGGGUCAAGUAGUAAAUUUAUCACCUCCCACAUGAGGCUCCUCUUUUUGAUAAAUAAACGAUAAGAGAGAAUCCAAAUUAGUGAGCACAUUUUUUGAAAUUCCUCUUUCGUCCAUAUUCUUCACUGUAGUUUCCAACUGUUGAAGAAGCUGCUGAGCUAUAUGAACAUAUUCCUGUGUUUUUUCCUCAUCCGCCUCGAUUUUCUGAGACAGAGUUUGGUUCUCAAGUUCCAAGUCUUCAAUGUCCUCUUUCAGUUUUCUUUUAAGGUUCUGUUUGUGUGUAUAGAGAUGAGCUUUAAGGAUUUCUUGAGGCUGCUUGCUUUCGAUACUAUAGAACGUUAGAAAUGCUUUACUGUUGAGAGUUUUCUUACUCAAUUGGGGGUUCUCCUGACCCUUUUCGGUCCUUAGCUUCCUUGAUACAUUGAUCCAGGAAGUCAAGUUUUUGAUGCAGACCCCGUUCCUCAAUCAGCUUGGCAUACUCUUGCUAAAUUUCAGUCAUCAGCUGCUGUUCUUCAAACGUUCCAUACAUACCUUGCAGGUUUCCUCAAAAAAGCUGAUAAGUUGCUGAUGCAUGGCUGCAAUUGCCUUUCCUUUUUUGAAUGUUGGAAAACAUUGUGCAAACUUUUCUAAAGGAAUGUGUGCAACUGUUUCCGAUAAGGUACGUCGUAAAGAUGCUUCCAAUUGCUCCUUCCUAGUCAUAUAUACCCAAAAAUCAAUAGAUCACUCUUAACAGACGACUCGACUCGCAAACUAAACACUGUUUGCCUAAAGGUUGAUAAAAUAUAGAAUGCCUAAUUAUUAGAUCAAAUUUUUACUAUUUUUUAGUAAAAUAAAUCCUUGUUUCUCAAG